AGACCUUGUUUUGAUGGACCAAUGGGACGCACUGGAGGACCGGAUGGAGAUUGGUCCUCCUGCCAAUCGCAGCAAACCCAUAGUCUGGAUGCGGAAGUUGGACCAUGAGCUUUUGAAGAUGGUGUUGCCCCUCUCUCUGUCUAAAUUCAGGUUGAGCUUCACCCCAGACUGCAAUUUUCUUCCUCUCUCCAACAUCUGAAGACAUGUAAAAAGAAAUUUGAAAGCACUUGAUACAUCAAUUUCUGACAGAGCCCCUUGAUUCAUUGGGACUUGAAUAUCAGCAACCAUUCCAAUUGAGAAGAAAUGUUUGCUUUUGGCUGCUUGAGAGAUUUUGGACACUGGUGCGGCAGGAAAAAUACUGAGAUAACUGAGUGAGAGAGAUUCGGUGCGCUGACUGUGGAGAGUGCUUCAAACCAUUUUGUCAGCUUGGGAGAUCAAAAUCUCCCCCCUCAUGGUGGGGAGAGACCGUGUACCCAUUCUGUUUGUAAUUUCAAACCCAGACUGACACAAGGAAAGCUCUCCCCAUGGGGAAACCGUGGAAAUGUGGGGACUGUGGGAAAGGAUUCCCUUCCCCUUCGGUGCUGGAAAUUCACAGACGUGUUCACACCGGGGAGAGGCCGUUUGUCUGCCACCGUUGCGGGAAAGGAUUCAUUCAGUUGUCUCAGCUGCAGACACACCAGCGUGUUCACACCGGGGAGAAGCCGUUCACCUGCUCAGUGUGCGGGAAGGGGUUCGCGAAUUCUUCCAACCUGAGGGCACACCAGCGGGUCCACACUGGAGAGAAGCCGUACACGUGCUUGGUGUGUGAGAAGGGAUUUGCUCAUUCAUCUGCACUGCUGAGGCACCAGCGGGUCCACACUGGGGAGAGGCCGUUCACUUGUUCAGAGUGCGGGAAGACUUUCCGUCGUACGAGCAACUUGCGGAGGCACGAGCGGGUCCACACGGGGGAGAGGCCCUUCAGGUGCCCCGAGUGCGGGCAGGGGUUCAGUCAGAUGAGUGACCUGCGUAAUCACGAGCGGAUCCACACGGGGGAGAGGCCCUUCACCUGCCCAGAGUGCGGGAAGACCUUCGGUCGUGUCGGUAACCUGCGGAUGCACCAGCGGGUCCACACUGGGGAGAGGCCAUUCACCUGCACCAAGUGUGAGAAGGCCUUCCGUCAUGCCUCCCACCUGCUGGCCCACCAGCGGGUGCACACUGGUGACUGGAGGUCCACCUGCCCUGUGUGCGGAAAGGGCUUUACCCAGGCCUCCCACCUGCUGGCCCACCAGCGAGUCCACACUGGGGAGAAGCCAUUCACCUGCUCCGUGUGCGGCAAGGGCUUCGCCCAUUCCUCCCAUCUUGUGGCCCAUCGGCGGGUCCACACAGGGGAGAGGCCAUUCUCCUGCUCAGUGUGCGGGAAGGGCUUCAGCCAGGCCUCCCACCUCCAGACACACCGGCGGGUCCACACGGGAGAGAGGCCGUUCUCCUGCCCUGAGUGUGGGAGGGGCUUUGCUCUCUCCUCCCACCUGCUGAUCCACCGACGGCUCCACACGGGAGAGAGGCCGUUCGCCUGCCCCGACUGCGGGAAGGCCUUCUGUGAUCCAUCAGCCCUGCGCACCCACCGGCGUGUCCACACGAGGGAGAGGCCGUUCUCCUGCCCCGACUGCGGGAAGGCCUUCAGCCAGUCGUCCACCCUGCUAAUCCAUCGGCGGGUCCACACCCGGGAGAUGCCCUACAGCUGCCCCGAGUGCGGGAAGCGGUUCACCCAGGCCUCCAACCUGGUAGCUCAUUGGCGGGUCCAUACCGGGGAGAGGCCCUUCAGCUGCCCUGAGUGUGGGAAGGCCUUCAGUGAUUCCUCCGCCCUGCUGAGGCACCAGCGGGUCCACACCGGGGAGAGACCCUUCAGCUGUCCUGAGUGUGGCAAGGGCUUCACCCGCUCCUACCACCUGGUGGCCCACCAGCGGGGGCACAUCGGCGUGAGGCAGUUCAUCUGCUCCAAGUGUGGGAAGGACUUUGUCGACUCAUCCGACCUGCUUAGGCACCGGCGAGUGCACACCAGGGAGAGGCCAUUUGCCUGCCCAGAGUGUGGACGGAGGUUCACGUUGUCCUGCAACUUGCGGAGACACCAGCGGGGGCACCAGAGCUCCCAACAAUUGGAUUCCACUGGCGAAGCUGCUGAGCUGGAGGGAAAGCAAGUCAAUCUGGAGGAGCGGACAGACUCUGGAAAAAGUUGUAGCGCGAGGUGGCUGUUGCAUGGUGACGGUGAGGCUCCCCCGGCCCCGCCCAUCCCCCCGUGCAGACGUCACGCGGGGGCGAAGGCGGUUGGGAGGAGAAGUCGCUCGAGCGGGGAAGCGGCGGGAGGGCGGCCGUUAGGAAAAUGGCGCCGUGCGGCCCGGGGCAGACACCCGUCACUGGGCACCGCCGCCUUCCUGGCGCAGCUGCUGUGUCACGCCCACACCGGCCGGCUGUACAGCAGCCAGGAGCCGGUGAGCAUUCUGGAGGCGGAUGGGGUUAAGGGCCUGCUUGGGAACUCGUCGGCCGCCUGGGUGGUGGAGUUCUACUGGUCGUGGGGCGGCCCCUGUGUCAACUAUGGGGCCACCUGGAAGUUAUACGGCCUGGAAAGAGGAAUUCACUGCAGGGAGGGACUCUACACGUGUUUAUUUGUUGCUGAAACCUCGGCCAUGGAGAAACCCGAGGAAUCCCGCGCCGUGGAGAAACCGUGGAAGUGUGGUGACUGUGGGAAAGGCUUCCGUGCCCCGUCUGAUCUGGAGACUCAUCGGCGGAGUCACACCGGGGAGAGGCCAUUCUCCUGCACUGAGUGUGGGAAGGCCUUCAGCGAUUCCUCCACCCUGCUGAGGCACAGGCGGGUCCACACAGGGGAAAGGCCGUUCAGCUGCCCCGAGUGCAGGAAGGCCUUCAGCAAUUCCACUGACCUGUUGACCCACCAGCGGGUCCAUACGGGGGAGAGGCCAUACAGCUGCCCUGAGUGCAAGAAGACCUUCAGCAAUUCUUCCACCCUGCUGACUCAUCGGCGGGUCCACUCUGGCGAACGGCCCUUCAUCUGCCCUGAGUGCGGAAAGGGCUUUACUCAGGCCUCUGCCCUGCUGACCCACCAGCGGCUCCACACAGGGGAGAAACCGUUAACCUGCCCUGAGUGCGGGAAGGCCUUCAGCAAUUCCUCCGACAGGCUGAAGCACCAGCGGGUCCACACGGGGGAGAGGCCCUUCAGCUGCCCCGAGUGCAGGAAGGCAUUCAGCAAUUCCUCCAAUCUCCAGACCCACCAGCGGGUCCACACAGGGGAGAGGCCCUUCAUCUGCCCCGAGUGUGGGAAGGGCUUUACGCAGGCCUCCAGCCUCCAGAUCCACUGGCGGGUCCACGUAGGGGAGAGGCCCUUCAGCUGUCCAGAGUGCGGGAAAGCCUUCAGCCAUUCCUCCAACCUGCUGGCCCACCAGCGAGUCCACACUGGGGAGAGGCCGUUCAUCUGCUCUCAAUGCGGGAAGGGCUUCACUCGCUCCUCCCACCUGCAGAGGCACCAGCGAGUUCAUGCCCCAACGCAGGGGGAUUGAAGGAGCGAAGGCCCAGUGCCAUUAUUGACUGGACUAUCAACCCAGUUCUGGGGAGACUCUGGUUCGAAUCCCACCAUGGCAGAUGACUGAAUUGGGAUUCGGGCAGAAAUCUGGAGUCAGAAUCGAACAAUGAAACCAUUUUUGGUGUUGGGGUGGGAGAAAACCCUACCUGAUUCACUCCUGCCCUUUUGUGGAAAGGAAACUGCCGUUGUGGGAAAGGAUUUACUCAGCCAUCCCAGCUGUAUCCUUUACCUGGUCUGGCCUACACGUGAUUCCAGACCCACAACAGUGUGGUUGUCUCUACACUGUGCUCCUCUUCCCUCCCCCACUCCCCACCCUGGCAGUUGAGUGGAAGAAACUUGGAGACAGGGUGUGGAUCUAACUUGCUAAGUGAGGUAAUACUUCCUAUGGAUUAAGGAUGUACUAAGGAUCCAAUUAAAAGGGGACAACUCUGUGCUGACCAAUAAUGAAAAAAGGUUUGGUGGCGGGGGAGGGGGUCGCACUGGUUGUUGGUAAGGGGACUGUGUGUGCUCAACUUUUGGUUGUUUAAAAGAUAUCAACUAUUUUUUUCUAUGCCUUUUUCCUUGGUGGGGGAGAUCUGAAGCUGUAACAACGUUGGGUCACAAUAAAGGUUACCUGAACUUA